ACUUGAUUAAUAUACAAACGCCGCCACCGCCAGCGCAGCUGCAGAUUUCCAUCUAACGAACACAUCGGCUGUUGAGUGAGGCUUAGAGACUCCGACUGUAGAGAAGGAAGAACGAGUGAUCGGUGGCAAUAACGAUGGCGUCGAAUUAUGAUUUUGUAGAGGAAGAGUUUCAGGCAUGCUGUGGAAGCUCCAAAUUCGCCAAAGAAAUGGUUUCUGCUUCCCCUUUUUUCUCCUUGGAACAAGCUAUAGCUGCAGCUAGACACAUCUGGUUCAAUCAGGUCGAUGUGAGUGGUUGGUUGGAAGCAUUCUCUGCUCAUCCACGGAUUGGUGGUCAAGUCUCCAAAUCAUCCAAUCAGACUAGUGCUCAAUGGAGUAAGGGAGAACAGUCAACUGCAAUGGCAACUGCCACUGGUUCUAGCUUACAGGAGCUAGCAGAAUGGAAUAUUCAGUAUCAGCAGAAGUUUGGUUUUGUUUUUCUUAUUUGUGCAUCUGGAAGGAGCACUAGCGAGAUUCUAGCAGAAUUGAAGAAACGGUAUCCAAGUAGACCCAUAGUUGAGUUUGAGAUUGCUGCUCAGGAGCAAAUGAAGAUAACAGAACUGCGUCUUGCCAAACUUUUCUCAACCAAACAAAAUACCUCUUCAACCAGAGAGAGUCAUCCUCCUCCGGAUUUUGCACGAAAAGUAGAAGAAGAUCGUGUGAACGUUAUUGGAGGGCAUCUAGGUGCUACUUCUGAAGCUUCAACUGGAAAGACAUCACAAAUUUUAACUCGAACUCGACCCCCAAUUACAACCCAUGUGUUAGAUGUUGCACGAGGAUCUCCAGCUACAGGUAUUGACGUCCGUUUGGAAAGAUGGAUCGGUACUCAACCACGCCCCUUAUUCGGUGAGGCCGAUGUUGGGGGCUGGGCACUCGAAGGGACAUCAGCAACAGAUAAAGAUGGGAGAAGUGGGCAAUUGUUGAGCAUGGUUGAAGCUAUAAAUCCAGGAAUUUACAGAAUAAGUUUUAACACGGGAAAGUAUUUCCCGGCUGGGUUCUUUCCGUACGUUUCCAUUGUGUUCGAAAUCAGGGAAUCCCAGAAGUUAGAACACUUCCAUGUCCCUCUCCUGCUUUCACCAUUUUCAUUCUCCACAUAUCGUGGAAGCUAGAAGUUUUCUGUGCAUGUGACCGUUUCGGUGUUUCAGCAAAAGACGAAUAAAGCAAUGUCGAUUGGUAUCAAAUGUUGUAUAACAUAAAAAAAAAACUCUUAUGCAAAUUAUGUAAUAAAUAUUUAGAUAUCAUCUACAUGAAGCUUGUACUCGCGCUUAAGUCUUUUUUAUGUGUCUACAAUGUAUAAUUAAUUGGAUAGUAUUUUCAGCUUAUGAUUGAAAGAUGGUCCUAAAGUGCAAAGUAUUUGAA